UAGAAGUAAACGAUAAACCAUUGAAACCACCAAGUGACAACAGAAAAUGGCGGAUGUGAGUGAAGCAUCGGGACGUGGCUGAUAAUUUCCAGGAUAUUCCAGGCACAAGACGGUAUUCUUGCGGCGGUGAAUGUUCCCUGAGUUGGUGAACAUCCUUGAGUGCAUUUGUGACAGGUUUAUGGGAUCAGCCACCAAGCCAUACAGAGCUUCCUUUUGACGGUCAGCCAUGGAGCCUAAAGAAAAUGAAAAAAUGGCUGGCAAGAAGAGAAAGAAAUUGCAGACUCAGUUUGUAAUGUGUCAGCGUCUGUGCCGGCCCAUGCCUGAAGUGAAGCGGGUGAUGAAGAGACUAUCUUCAACCAGGAAGUUUUGCAAGGACUAUGAAUGGAAGCGUAGACCUUUCAUUCCUCGCAAAUCUCGAAAGGCAGAUGGUGUGGGCAGCCAGCAUGAAGAGAAAGAUUCCAUGAUUGUGAACGCCGGAGUGCAUACCAACACUCGGAGCAAAGAGGAAGAAAAUCUGGCUGAGAAAAAUAGAGUUGCCUACUUUGCCACUCAUAACAAAGAGGGAGAGCUUGUAGCUGAGAAAAGUAACACAAACUCUGACACUCAGAGCAAAGAGGGAGAACAUGUGGCUGAGGAAAGUGGAGCUUACUCUGACACUCAAAACAAAGAGAAAGAACCUGUGUCUGUGAAAGGUGAAAUCCUCUCCCACAUUCAGAGUAGAGGGGGAGAACCUGCGACAGAGGAAGUUGUAUAUGCUGAUGCUGAGAUGAAUGAGGAAGAAUACGCUAGUGACAGUAAUUCUAAGUUCUCAUGUUCAUGUGAGAUCAUUGACACUGUGAACAAGUCAGAAAGUGAGAGAAGGAGGCGAGUGAUGGAGUUGUUGGGUCAACUUGAUCGAGACUCCUCUGUCAUCCUCAAACCAUCUCAGGAUCCAAGGGAGCAGGAUGUAUUGGUCCCCUAUAUCUUAGAAAGCAGCGAUGCAGGUCACUCAGAUAAAGCAGCAGCAGCCUGUAAGAGUCACUGUUCAAAUACUUCACAGCCACAAAAAAAGAAAAAAUUCAAGACUAAUUACAACGAUGCAUUGAAGAACACACUAGAAGAAUUGAUCACUGCAGAACCAUCAACUGUCAAGAGACGCAGGAUCCAUAAGAAGCGUGUCUCAAAUACCAUACCAGAGAAGAUGAACAUUACUGGACAAAGAAAACUGAAGAGAUCAAAGGCCAGUGAUAAAGAACUGUCUGGACAUGUAGAAAGGAAGUCAGAUGUUGCAGGACCACAAAGGAUAAAGAGGUGCAAGAUCAUGGGUUUUUAUGUGACUGAACACAUUGAAGGAAAACCAAUUGCUGCAGAACCACAGAAAUGGGAGGAAGAACUUGAAAGCAACAAGAAUAUUAAUGAAGAUAUUUCAAAAAAUUCACAAGAGAAGUCAAGCACUGCAGGACCAAGAAAACGGAGGAGAAUUAAGGCCAUUGAUAAGAUUGUGCCUAAGCUUACACAAACUCCAAAGCCACAACUAGGCAGCCAAAAGAGAGGAAGAAAGAGCAAAGCAGAAAAGGCCAGGUUAUUACUGUUAGAGCAGAUGGUUCAGUGUUACUGUGUGUUGCAAAACUCCUCUAGUGACUCCCACAGGCACAUUGCUCAUCUCCUUAGCCAGGAAAUUGUAAAGGCAAAGAAAGGUGAAUUGUCUUCUGCACAUUCUGAAGCAUCUCAUGGACAGGGUUUUGAUGUGUCAACAAAGCCUAGUGAGACAACAGAGGCCAGGGUUGAUGACUGCCAGUUGCAGGAAGAUUUUGAGUCUCAGGUGUUGGAGAUAGAGGCCACCUUCCUUAUGAAUGCAUCAGCUGGUGGUGGUCAAGAAAUCCCAGGGAUGUCGCUGCUCUCUCACACAUUGCAGUGUUCAAGUGAGAACACCGAAGUAAGUGAUAGGACAGAAGAAAGUAACACCAAUAAAGGCUUGAGGGAAGCCUUGGAGAAAAGCAGUGAGCUUCUGCCACCCAUCCUUACCCCACAGUAUGCUCAGUUUAAACCAUAUUUAUCAUUACCCUCUUGUAUAUGCUCAGACGACUCUCUUUCACCUGACAAACAUAACACUAUCUCUAAACAUGAGUCUCCUGUUUCACAGAACAUUCCAUUUGACAAUGAACACACACAGGCAAAGCCUGCACACUCGGGCCUCCAUUACACAUCCCCUGUGUGCAUAAAAUCUGUGUCUCAUACAUCACUUCAAAACACACACACAUCAUUGCCAGGUAUGAUGCAAAACCUGCCUGGCAGUGCUGAUAGCCACACUGAGCCACAACAUAGUCACCCAUCAUAUUGCAUGCAACAGGAAACCUCUUCUUCCAUCAUUCCUCACAGCACUGAUGCAGACCUGAAUGCAUGUUUCCCAGACCACACUGUGACAAAACUUCAUGUAUCCAUCCCCCAAGAUAGCCCACCUGAAGGCCAUUCCUUUGUCCUAAAUCACAUACAAGCAGAUCCUAAAGUUGGCUUUGAAGAAAACCAAGAACAACCUGAGUUUUCAUCCCCUCAACACACACAGUUAGAAUCCUUUUCAUUAAUACCACACCACACACAAACAGAACCUCUCCGCUCACAAUCUGAGCCCUGUUAUCCAGUCUGCUCAUCACCCAAGAAAAAGGCACUAAAGUCUUCACAGAAGUUUAUGUGCAACUACAACUUAAGAUCUAAAGGUCUUAGUAAUGAUGUCAGUGAAACUGGAAGACCCACUGAGGUCAGCAACUUGACCUCCCUAUUGAAGAAGCAUUGCAAGAGUGAACCACGAGUGUGCCUUAGGAAAGUGGAGUGUGAUCCUUCUUUAGUUGUGAUCAAGAAUGCAGAGUCCCAGAGAUUAUCAGGCCCCAUUGCUCGAGACAUGUCUCUUCCUAUUUCCAUUCCAUUUUCUAUGCUUUCCUUGCCAAGUGAACAGAGAAAUGUCAUGGAAGUGUUGGAAAAAGUUGUUGACUGCCAAGAAGAGAAAUCCGUCAAGGGGAAGUUACAGGAAAGCAGUAGUAAGAGUGCUUGCAUGGAAGAUGAUAGUGAUGAGAAAAGGCUUAUUUCCAAUGCACAGGGAAGCACAGGUGAUGAGAGUGAUGUUAGUGUGGUAAGUGAUGGAGGUGCUGAGAAUAGUGUUAAGGAAACAAGUUGCGAGAAGAGUCAGGGAGGAAUUGCUGAGGAGAACUUUUUUAAUGAGAUGUUUCAUGAGAGUUCUGAGAAGGGGCCUAGUGUGAUGCAAGAAGGAACUGAUCUUGAGAACAGUCAGGGGGAAACUGUUGAAGGAAGUCUUCUAGAGGAAAAAUUUGGUGAGAUGUCUCAGAACAGUGAUUUAAACCAAGAAACUGGUGUUGAGAGUCUGGGAGGAACUUUUGAUGGAAACAUUUUAAAGGAGACAUCUGGUAAGAGUUCUCAUAAGACAGAGGAUAAUGAGAUGACCCAAGAAGAAACUGAUGCUGCAAACAGUCAAGGAGGAAUUGUUGAUGGAAACUUUUGUGAUAAGAUGUGUAUUGAGGACUGUCAGGAGGUGGAGACUAUUGAAAUAAACCAAGAAGGAACUGAUGAAGCUUCUGCCAACAACCAGGGAAAGUCAGAUAAUGCAGAACAUCAAAAGGUGUUGCAGAGGGUUGAGAACAAUUAUGAAGCAUCACAGGUUGAGGUAUGUCAGGUGCUGGCUGUGAGUGUUGGCAACAGUUGGGAGGGAAAGAGUGGUGAGCAGGGUGAGAUGGUGGUGGUGGCUGCUGUGAACAGUGAGGGAAGGGCAGAAAUUGAAAUGUGUCAGAUGAUGGCAGUGAAUGGUGUUAACAGCCAGGAGGCUACAAGUGCUAAGGGAUCUCAGCUGGUGGUGGUGAGUGGUGGUGACAAUCAGGAAGGAGGUGGUCAGGUUCAUGGAGAAGGUAUUAAUAGCUUUAUACCUUCUCUCUACAGUGAUGGAAAUAGUAACUCUGAUUUUGAUAAUACAACACUCCAUCUUCACCAAAGAAGCAAGUCAGCUCACUGUAAUUUUGAUGCAAAAAAAUCAAAUUUGGAUCAAACAUCAAUUAGUAAUGAUGAUGGUGGUAGGAACAGUGGCAGAGCAACACUUGGGCAGGACUUGUGCUCAGGUAUCAUUGAACAAUCAGGCACCCUUAAUGUGGAUGAAGAAAGAGUUAACUUGGCAGAUGAUAAACAGUGCCCUCCAGGAAAUGAUGAACCUUCACUGUACCAGAGUGAGUGUGGUGCUGCAGGUGUCCUGUGUGACACUUCUUGCAUUACUACACAGUGUGUGCAUUACUUACCAACUGAGACAGAACUUCUAGAAGAUUUAGAAAGGCAUUUAGAUUAUACAAGAAGAGACUGGGAUGGGCAGAGCAGCUUUGAGUUACCAGAGGUCACCUUAAAGGACACUGCUGUGGGAGAAACCUCUCCAGCACAGGCAUCUUCAGAGGAACAAGGUGAGCCAAGACAGGGCUGUGAGUCACCUGCCCCUGCCUCAGCACCACAUUGUGAAGGCCACAACAUGCACACUGACCACACCAACUUAAAUGAAGAAGGGAAAGCAGAUAUGGAGGCAGCAAGCAAUGGAGACGCAGCAAACUCAGAUGGAGAGGAUGUGCUGUCUCUGUACACUGACUAUAGUCUUCUAGAUGCUGAUAUUAGUGGGGAAGCGGUCCCACAUUGUGAAGCUGAUGACUUGAAAGAGUUCCAUGAUACUGAGGAAAAUUAUACAGAACAUUCCUCAGUCAGCAAGAAUGAAGGGAUGGCAGGUGAUCUUAAAGGAAGCGUGCUCGCAGAUCUUUCUGAACACAGUCAGAGUGGUGAUGGACUAGAAGUAGGCACAGCAUCAGACGAGGCAUUGUGUUUGACGGAUUCUGACACAGAAAGUCUACAGUCUAAAUCCUCUGUCAUUGAUCGCAUUGUGGAAAAUGAGGCAAAGUGCACCUUGGAGGAGGAGAUGUUGGAGAGUGAUGCUUUGAACAACCUUCCAUCAGGAGUCAAAGAUGGUCAGAGUAAUGAAGCUGAAGGGCCUGUAGAUGAACAGGAAGUCACAGCAAGUCCUUUACUAUCUCCACGUGAAGUAUUGCUAGGUGACAGUUGUUCCAGAGAAUGCUCUGUCCCCACUAGUGCACCAAACAAUGUUACUUCUCCACAUUGCUCUAAACCCUCCCAAAACCAAAAGAAUUUCAUUCCUCUUCAGGCAAAUAAGCCUGGACAGAGAGGCUCUAGGGACCAAGAAGCUGCCUGUGAUAAAACAAUAAAUGAUGAGAGUCAUUGUCCAUCAAGCAAGUCAAAUAAGAAAACCCAACCACCUCCUGCUGCCCCAACACCAGCAAUUCCCCCACCACCUCCUCACAGGAAGAGAACCACCUUUGUGCCCAGACUUCUGCUGCCAGAAAAUAUGGGCAUCUGUUUUUUCUUUAUCAACAGAGGCUUCUGUGAGCGCCAGGACUGCCACUUCAGCCAUGAGAUAACAUUGGAGUGCGAGAGGUACCUUGGGCUGCGGAUCCUCUUUCUGGUAACUGAUAGUCGCCAGAAUGAAGCGUGGACCCUACUUAGGCAUCACCUCUCUCACCAUCGCAACUCUCUACCUCUGGCUGUAUCCCUCCUCUUGCCCCUCGCCAAGCAUCUUGUGACUCUCUCUCACGAUAAGCAGCCGUCAUGUAUAAGAGUGCCAAGUUUCCUCACCCUUCCUCUGGAUGUUGCUAAAGUGAGAGUCUUGUGUGAGGAACGUCAUGGUAAGGCAGCCUUCAGGCUCCUCUGUUCCUGUCACACUAGAGCAUCACCUGAGGGCCUCAAAAUUCUUCUCAACAUUUUUGUCAGAUUUUGUGAGAGCUUCUCUGAGAGGCAGAUGCUGAGCCCUUGGGAUAAGGUGGUUUUCUGGGGCUAUGACUGUUAUGGAGGUGAUUCUGAAGCCAAGUUGAAAGACUUGCUCAAUAUUGAGUGGCUAAGACUUAAGAUGUCAAGUGGCAAUGUCAGUAAGGUGUUGGAGGCCUACAGUCACUUGAGUCAAGCCCUAACAUCACCUAAUAUGUUCUUCACACACAUCACGUGUCAAGUUAUCAGCUACUUUAUUGAUGCAGGCAAGCUUCAAGACAGCUUUAGAGUGUUGGGUGAGGUGCGGCGGCUACGAGCUAACAGCUCUUCCAUCUUCAUGGCUCUCAUACCCACCAAGAGGGAAAGUAUACAGUCUCUUGUAACAGAAUUACAGGAGCUUGGUGGGCUAGUUUGUGAAUUGUGUGUUCCUAUGCCCGCAAGUAGCUGGAGCCUUUUGCUCUCUCACAUGAUGGCAAUCCAUGAUCUAUCUAUGACCUUGGACCUUUUAUGGGUGCAGAUGAACUUUAUGACACCAGAAAUUGAUAUUUUGAAGUGCCUGCUAGAAGAGGGCAUUGCAAAAGGUCCCGCCAUGCUGCAGCCCUUGUGCAGUUUUGUGUGUCGGCUCCCUGAGCAGGUGUUGAGACCACUGGAGGGUUCACUAAGCUGCCUAUUGAGUGCCUGCACUCCUUCGUCUCAGCACAUUAAAUCCCAAAUCAUUCAGCAUUGCAAGAAAUUUGGUAUCAAUUUGAGGCCACUUUUCAAUGAUUCAGCUUUGCUGAUAGAGGAACAGACUGAACAUUACCAGUGCAAUUCCUCAGUCUUUUUGAAAGAAAAAACUCAGCAUUAA